GUAAACAUGAGUAAUAUUCUAUUUGUCCUAAGGAAAAAGAAAAGUAUCCAAUCAAGAGAAAAGUAUCGUGCUGCAUUUAAAAAGGUUAUAAAUCGCAUAAUAAUUAAAAAAUGACAUUAAAUGAUUUUAAAUCUUAAACAUGCAUAAUUAACUUACUUUGUCACUUAACUUUGUUUAAUGUCUAAAAGUAAGUUAAGUGACUCUCUCUGAAGCUUGUCUGGCAGGAUAAGUGUGAGUUAUAUUGAUUGUCCCUUCUGGUGUCAAGCAUGCGGCGUACAGUAGGUGUUCAUUGUGCCCUGGUUUUGAGCAUCCUCAGGCUCCGUCCGGCGAGAGAGGGGGAGAUCCAAGACUGCGCCGCAAGUGAUUAGAGUCUACGGUAAUCCGACCCAUCCAGUGAUCAUUGUUCUGGUAGAGGAGGAGUCUCACACACAGGGAGGAGAAAGACUGACAGGGACCAAGGGGAAGUCUCCAUGCGCACACCCCUAAAAACAUACACACGCAAACUCCUGCUCUCACACAUCGCUUUACACACAGGCAGGGAUCUUACGCAUGAAGGUCUUUGCAUGAGAAGACACCAAACCAGGAUCUGGACAGCCCGUAAGCUUCACAUGGCACACGAUCUGGAUUCCUAAAAACGGACAGAAACCACCUGAGGCCAACGCGCAGGCUCAUUUCCAAACUGAUUUACAUUGCAAAGCCCCGAUCUGCUCGCCUCGGACUUGCGUAACCAGCUAUGUCAAAGGAUGAGGAAAUUCCGAGCCCACCUCCAGAGUGGCCGGAAGAAAUUUUAAUGUAAACAUACGUCGGAAAAGCCUGGAGGAGAAGUCAUCAUGAGAAGGAAUCUCUAGGACACUGGUAGAGUGCUUAAUAACCCAACCCGCAGAAGGCUCUCGUCGUCAUCUCAUUGCAUGGAUAUACGGUCUGGAUGGACACUUCCAAUCCUGCCUCCAUGAGGGAUUUGCCCUCCCCUCCUGUUGCCUGAGGUCAAGCCAACACAACGCCACCUUGAUAAGUCUGGCUUAGCUGGCCACUUGAGUUUCAAUGCUCCACGCUGCUCUAAGAUGAGGGUAUGGAAAGAGGUCACCCUCGCCUUCAUCCUGCUCGGUGCCUCGUUUUUCCUCCUGCUUAUGAAAACCGCGUCACCUGUUGGGUCUUCCUACCCAAAGGCCUUAGGGAUUUCACCAGACCCUUCCACAGCGCUUGAACCGUCACCAUCAUCCUCGUCUUCGCUCUCGUCGACCUCAGCGAGGAAGCCAGCCCCGCGCCGAACGUCCAGAGCCACCGAGGACAUGGGCUCGCUUCUCUCAGAAUUCUCGUACCUCUUCCAAAGCUUCACCGAGGGCGAGUUGAGGAAGGUGAUCGGGACCCUGGUGGACCGCAAGGAGAGGAGGAUCAGAGCCGAGACGGGACGGAGAACCAAACGAGCGCGGAAGGGCCCCAAGCCGUGCUCCUUACACGAGAUCGAGCUCACGGUGAGCGAGCUCGGGCUCGGGUACGAGAGCGACGAGACGGUGCGCUUCAGGUACUGCAGCGGAAAGUGCAUCCACGAACGACGCAACUAUGACUUUGUAAUGGAGCGCAUGCAGUUAAAUAACGGCUCCAGUGAGAAAGGCGGCCGACGACGGGACAACGGGGAAAAGGAAAAGGCGCGCUACGGCCCGUGUUGUCGCCCUACGAAGUUCGAGAAGAAAAUGUCUUUCUUUGACAACAAGCACAGGUUCUACACCAUCCAGAACGUCUCUGCGAGAGCGUGCGGUUGCGUAUGACAUUCCCCUAACUGGGGAAACCUUAGGGAAAAUGUCUAUACAUUACUAUGGCAACAGAGGACGUUUCAACAUUCCGUGGUAACCAUAGGAACUUUGGAAAGGGCGACCAUGUGACACGCAGAAAGCAUGGAACUAUUCGAGAACGCAGGGCAAAUUGCAAUUCUGAAAAAGAUGCCGAGAGGGACCCAUAAUGCCACCAUGGAAAGAUUGAAAGCGAUACGCAAAACACAAAAGACAAGGCCUGAAUUGUCUAAAGCCUUGGCAACUAUGGGAAAAAGUUCUGUUUCUGCCUUUUCAGUGGUUACUGGCACUUUUGAUUAGCACAGGGCACUGGACUUUAACCAAAGGUGGAUCGCUGGUUUAAUUCGAUGGGACCAAAAGCUGGCGAGAGACUCUAUUCGCCUUCCACUGGAAACUUCUGCAGAAGAACAAGUACAGAUAUAGUAGUAUUUAACCGAAGAUAUAUAUAUAUUUUAACGGUAGAGGGCUACAGCGACAACUGUACGCUGCUCGCUUUUGUUACAAAUCUGAAUACUGAAGUAUGAAGUGCAACGCAGCUGUGAAAACUACCUCAUUUCUUUCUUUGUUUCUUUUUUGUUUGUUUUCUUAGAAGAAUGUACAUGCAAUGAAUCUUGUUCGACCGCACCCACUUCCUGGGAUUACGCUAGUCAGAAAUAUGAAUUAGAGGUAUACAUGUAGAGAAAUGCUUCUCGACCAAAAGUCUCCUAGACUAUUACCUAAAACAACACUGUCACUUGAAACGUAUAUGCACACAAUAUCAAGCGCCUGAAUUUGACCUUAAAGCCUCGCCAAAGCAUGUCUGAUCAAAUCCAAACUUCUCCUGUCCUCGAGACAAUUUACACCCUGAUAUUUACGUUUAAAAUAGGAAUAGGCUAUCCAGUUCCAAGGGCAAGUAUAGCUUUAAAAGUUUUCCCCAAAGGUGUCGUCCCUCAAAGACCUGAAACGUACAUUUUUCUCAUGGUCACGUUCAUGUUUACAUUCUUUUAGACAACGAUACUCCAGAUGCAUUGUCUUUUGGAAAGCAAUUCCAGGUUUAGUCCUUCUCAACAGCUAACAUAUGCAUGUAUUAUCCUUGAACACAUUUACGGGCAAGUAAUCGUAACCUUUAUUUACGCAGAUGGAACAUUCUACUGUUAGCAAUAAAAGGUUCUUUGCGGCACUUCACAUUAAACAAAGACCUGUUCUCAUGAGAACCACUUUCUGCUGUACAAGUCAAUCAAAAAGUCAGAAAGUUCUUUAGAUCAAAGUAUUGGAUUUGGGUUUCUAAGGCAACAGCAAAUUGGGUUAAAUCCCUCAAAACCAAGAACAUGGCUAAUUUAAUCUUAGAAUCAAGAGAAAGACAUGAAAAUAUUUCUUUCACAAAGAAAAUGGUCUUUUUUUUUAAAUUUUGAUAUUGCACUCGUUCUCACUACAGUAAUGCAAAAACGAAAAUUAAUGAAAAAAUAUAUAUUUAAAUUGUAAACUUUGUACAGGCAUUAAUUUAUAUAGAUUUUUUUUACUGAAGUAUAUACAUAUAUUGCAGAAAUGUGACCUCCCAUAUGCUAUUUUCUAGAGCCAAACAGGUACUUAAAUUUUGUGCAGCUUAAACGGUCCUCCGUUGAUACUAGGCUGAAAAUCCCUCGAAUCUUUAUUUUUAAGAGUGCACGUGCGUCCCUUCCACAGGAAAUGUUAUUAUAUGUUAUCUUUUCUGGAAUAAAUUAGUUACCGGACUAAUUACGGAGCAUGAAAUCUGUCAAAAACGCAAUUACCCGUUGAAGACGAAGUGCUGAAGAGACUAACGGUGGAGUUGUAAGCAGUUCUAAGCGGUUCAGACGUACAGGAUUAAGCGUUAAGUUUAGCCUUGGCCUUUCAGAAACACGCUGUAAAAGUGUAUCCAGUCCUUUUACUGCUACAUUCCAGUUUAAUUCCUGUAUAUAUUACACCGUAUUUCACGCAAGUCAGAAACACAAAAGGACAAAUCUGGUUUAUGCGCAAAGCGAGCCGAACAAUCUGAUGCAGCUGGAUUUGGUCUGCGUCAAAUGAGCCACAAUCCCCAAACCGGUGCAAAGAUUAUUACGAUAAUCUACAACCGUAUUCGUUCACUUCGCUCUUUCUCACCGAAAAAGACUGUGCACUAAUUAAAUAACCCUGAAGUAAUUAAGGACAAAACUACAAAUGAGAUUGGAGUCACGCCAGGAUCCGUCAAGCCCUAAACACGUCUUUCCUUCGAAGCUAAUGGAAUUACUGUAAAAACAAGGCAACAGCUAAUGGAGCAUGCGGUCGUUUUACUCGGAUCAAUUACAUUUCAAUUCGGGCGGAAAAUGUGUUUUGUCAUUUAUGUAUUCGAACUGUAAACUAAAACGCCAUGUACCUUCCGAAUGAAAAUGGAUUUUCCCCUAUCUUGCCACACGCCGUCAAACCUUGAGCGCAAGGAAUUACUCAAGUUUAAGCAAACGGUACAUCUUGCCCUGUGGAACUAUCAGUAGCGGACAAGACAACACGUCGUCUUCGAUUUGUUUUUAGACAUUUAGGGCACCCUGCCAAAGAUGGAACCCUAGCAGGCGAUUAAACUGUGUCUAAGCUUAUUAACUGGAUACAGAAGGCGAUCGCUCGCUUCGAUAAGACAGUACCAGUGUUGUCUGUGCAAGUAAAAUUCUUAUUUUUUUGUAUUGAAAAAUAGCAUACAAUGAAUACAAUCUGUAAGUUAACUUUAAAAGAAUAGUUCUCCCAAAAUAAACAUUUCCUUAAAACCCAUCCAAGAUGCAGAAACAAUUGUUUUUUAUUGGAGAAAUAUAGAUCAUCAAUGGAUCCAUUGUAGCGGAUGGGUGCUAUCAGAAUGAGUAUGAACAUUAUUGUUAUAUCCGGUAUAAACACAAUUAUUGAGCCAGAAGCAGCGGUUUGAAGUUAAGUGUCUUAGUGAUGGAUUUGUAUCUUACAAACAUGCAGCUUCAGGCUUUACAAGACUUGUAAUAGAUGGACUGGAGUGGUGUGGAUUAUUGUGAUGUUUUUAUUGGACUGUUAUUCUGACGGCGCCCAUUCACUGCAGAAAGUGAUGCAAUGCUGCACUUCUCCAAAUCUGUUGAAGAAACCCUUCGGGCUGGUACAUUUUCAGCAAGUAUUCGUUUUCUGAUUGAACUACUCCUUUUAGCUAGACUUCACCUAGCAUGUAAAAGUUUUUGUCCCCUCUGAAAAAGCUAAUGCAAAUAAGACAAGGGGUUAAGUGACUCUACUUCUGUCCAUUUCUAUUGGAGUGGAGCGCUUUAGUGUCUGUAUUUGUGUUCAAAUGAGUCAAAAGCAGUAUUACGGAAAUGCUAAUGUGUGCGCGUGUGUGUGUCGCUGUUAUAUUUCCUAUGUCAGCUAAUCAUGAUCAGCAUUUGGGAGUGUUGGAUAUUUUUCACACCAACAGCGGAAAUGUCGAUGCAGUGCAUCUGUAUUGUGGAUAAACUGUAUUUAUUGCAAAACGCUUUUCAUUUAUAUUUAGAUAUUUCAGGAGGGAGACAGAAACGUAUUUAUUAUUUUACACUUGUGCCAAAUGGAAUUUCUAAAGUCUGCUGAAUAAACAU